AUGACCGGCUUGAACAGGAUUUUCACUGAUGUGAAGCCGGAGAUGAAGAUCCACAAGGAGGAAAUUUUUGGACCGGUGGUAAUUGUGAUGAAGUUCAAGGACGAGGAAGAUGUAGUCAGACAGGCAAACGACACCGUCUAUGGGCUUUGUGCAGCCAUCCAUUCCACCAAUAUCACCAAAGCUCUUCGAGUAGGAAAACGGAUCAAGGCCGGCACGGUCUGGAUCAACUGCUACAAUCGAAUGACCAGUCAAGUCCCUUUUGGCGGCUACAAGGAAAGUGGGAUCGGGCGCGAAUGUGGUAGCUACGCGUUGUCAAACUAUACGGCUGUCAAAUCUGUCUUCAUCAACAUGAGUGAAAAGAUGUAA